UGGGAAUUCAUCUUGGCUUGGUGCAUUUUGCAUUUCUUCCUUGCAAAAACUCCCUACCUAGGUUGAACCACCGACCACCGAUGUCCAGCCUGGGUGCAAUACCUGCCUACUCUGUGGAGCGCCAACGUUCUCCACGAAACUCCUCUUGCGAAUUCAUCCCCCCCACUUCCCUAGAAUCCGGCCGUGUUCACCCUCAUCAUGAAUAUCGUCGAAUGGGCCUUUGGCAAGCGCAUGACGCCCGCUGAACGGCUGCGCAAGCACCAGCGAGCACUCGAGAAGACCCAACGAGAAUUAGACCGAGAACGCGUCAAGCUCGAGAACCAGGAGAAGAAACUGGUGCAGGAUAUCAAGAAGAGCGCCAAGAAUGGACAGAUGGGCCCACUGAGGAUACAGGCAAAGGACCUGGUGCGGACAAGGAGAUAUAUCCAGAAAUUCUACCAGAUGCGAACACAGUUGCAGGCCAUAUCGUUGCGGAUACAGACGGUGCGCAGCAAUGAACAGAUGAUGCAGUCCAUGAAAGGUGCCACUGCGCUACUUGGGAGCAUGAACCGGCAAAUGAAUCUGCCAGCCUUGCAGCGGAUCGCUAUGGAGUUCGAGAAGGAAAAUGAUAUUAUGGAUCAGCGGCAGGAGAUGAUGGACGAUGCCAUUGACGACGUCACCGGUCUCGAGGACGAAGAAGAGGGUGAGGAGGUGGUCAACCAGGUCCUGGAUGAGAUAGGCAUUGAUCUUGGCCAGGCGCUGGGCGAAACGCCUACAGGCCUGCAAAAGACUGGAGUUCAAGAAGGUAGAGUGGCGCAGGCAGUGGGUGGAGGAGACCCAGGAGACGAUGACCUCCAAGCGCGGCUAGACAGCUUGCGGAGAUGAGUGAAACGGAACCCAUGUCAUGUUACGACGGAGUUAUGGAGUCGCGGUAGGUGCCUGGAAGUGUAAUGUCACGGCGCAUGCAUAGGGAAGACUCAGUCAUUUCUGGGAUUCACAGAUUCUCUCGAAUUCUCAGCCAUCUCCUCAAUCAAUUUAGUAUCAUUCCAG